UCUGACUCACUCACUUGUCUAUUUCCUUAGUUACAAAAAUUUCAUGAUGGAAGCACGAUUAUUUUAUUUUCUCGUUUUCUACGCUACGACCAUGGUUUUUGCCACGUGUCUGGCAACCCACAUGCCACAGUAUCUAUUCGAAUACGUUGGGGCCGAAACUAACGAGAAAUGCUUGCCGGGUAACCAUUCUCUAAAACUCAACUCAACAAUUGACCAGGAACAAGAACUGAUUCUACCAAGAGACCAGGAAUCCGUCUUUUUCAAAGCGAUGGGAUUAUGGAGGAUAUCCCAACACAGGGGCUGGUACUUUGACACUAUCUUGGCUGGAAUUGGCGACACUUGUCAACCGCUCCGGCCAUUGAGUGGACAACGAUUGACCGCUACCCGAUUCGGGGAUCCAUUCCAGAUCCUGAAAGAAAUUCAUCUCUAUGACAACUAUAACUUUUAUGGAGUGCAGUAUAAAGCGAUCGGAUCGACACCUUCGGUGUUUCCACCAAUAACCGUAAGAUCCUACCACUUCACGGGCAACUAUUCCUGGAAGUUAUUUUCUGGACGUAACUACACCGGAAAAUCGGUUUGUCGUAAACCGAAAGUACAAGGAAGAGACUGGGGAAUUACACAUAACGAAGCUUUCGAGGGUUUGGUUGUGCGAAGUGUGAGGCAAGGGUGUUAAAUGGUGUGUAGCUGGAGCACGAUUACCUAAAAAAUACAUGUUAUUAUUGAAUAAAUUUGGUAAUUAAUUAACCUGGUUAAUGUUUAAUUAAGUCAAAAAUAA